AUGCAGUCAUCCUACACCACCGGUGCAAUGUCCCGCAGACACUUUAUCGACGGCGAUCAUACCGAAAAUGUCGUGCAAGACGCCCUGGAGAGCCUAAGGCUGCUGCACCCUGGCCUGAUUGUCGACCGGGAAAACAAGACGGUCUACGACGCCUCCCACAACCAUGACCAGUGCGUCUCGGUCAUCUCGGGGGGUGGCGCUGGCCAUGAGCCUGCGCAUGUCAUGUUUGUCGGCAGCGGCAUGCUGGCCGCCGCGGUAUCGGGCAAUAUCUUCGCUUCGCCGAACGUGCAGCAGGUCUUCAAGUGCGGCCAGGCCGUGCAGGGCUCGGCGGGGACUAUUCUCAUCAUCAAGAACUACACGGGCGAUGUUUUCCAUUUUCAUCAGGCCGCAGAGAAGCUGCGCUCCCGGCUCGGGAUGAGGAUCGAGGUCGUGGUGGUGGCCGAUGAUGUCGCGGUGGGCCGAAAGAAGGGCGGCAAAGUCGGACGCCGUGGUCUGGCCGGCAGCGUCCUGAUGCACAAGAUCCUCGGCGCCAUGUCCGCCGCUCAACAACCCCUCCAGCGUUGUCUGGACAUGGCGCGCGCGGUCAAUGAGGGGCUUGCCACUAUGGCGGUGUCGCUGGACUAUGUCCGCAUCCCCGGUACUGCCUGCGAUGCAGCAGAGCCAGCCAUCCUACGGAAUGACAUUGAGCUCGGCAUGGGAAUUCACAACGAGCCCGGCGUGGAACGUAUCACGGGCCCCCAGCCUGAUAUUAUCACCAUCGUCGACCGCAUGCUCGCCUACCUGCUCGAUACAGAAGAUACUGACAGAGCAUUUGUCAACUUCGACGGCGCCGAACAUGUGGUACUCAUGAUCAACAACCUGGGCGCUCUAUCGGUCUUGGAGCUCUCAGCCAUCACAUUCCACGUCAGCAAGCGGCUCGGUAUCCGCGGCAUAACACCCGCAAGGACAUAUAGUGGCACAUAUAUGUCAAGUCUGAACGGACCUGGCUUCAGUAUCACCCUGCUCCGCGCCACUCCCGAGAUGCUGAUAUACCUUGAUGCCCCCACGUCUGCUCUUGGCUGGCUGCCCGCUUGCGCCUCCGCUAUGGCUGUUGAACCCGAGAUCACGCGUUUCGAUACCAUUGUCGGCGACGGCGACUGCGGCAUCACCUUGCGUCGUGGCUGCCAGGCAGUGCAGAAGGCGCUCGGCAUCCCGGCCAGUGGCGGCGACCAGUCCACAGCUUUCCAGUGGCUGCUACGCAUCGCCCACGCUGUGGAGGAGAGCAUGGAUGGUACCUCGGGCGCCAUCUACGGAUUGUUCUUCGACGGCCUGGCCUCGAGUGUUCGUGCUAUGCAGGGCACCGAGACGAUGACAGUGGAGCAGUGGACGACGGCGGCACAGGAUGCUCUCAAGGCGGUGCAGCGUGUGACACCCGCGCGGUCGGGCGACAGAACCCUCAUGGAUGCCUUGGAACCGUUUGUCGAGGCGUUGUCAGCUGGCUCGGGCGGGCUCGAGGCCGCUGUCAAGGCUGCCGUCCGCGGUGCAGAGAAGACCAAGGGGAUGCGUCCGGCAUUUGGACGGGCGGUAUACGUGAACGAAGUGGGUUGGGAAGUCGUGCCGGACCCGGGGGCAAUGGGAGUCGUCGCACUCGUCCAGGGGUUGGCGAAAGGGGUGGCUGCUGUCCACGCCCAGCGGUCCUUGCUGUAG